AGCUCUGUAAUUUCACUAAUGGAAUAAUGAACUUUAAAUAACUUUAUUAAUGAUCUAAUGAACUAGCUUAUCUACAGAAUCUUAUCUACUAGCUUAUCUGCAACGGAAUUACUGAAGCUUAUAGUUGAUUGUUUUCGUUGUCAAGCAUGGUUUGUAAAUCAAAUAAUUUUUGAUUGUGGUUCUCAAAGUGACAAUGAAUCGUGCGGCUAAAUUAGUGCAUUUAGCUAAAGAAAGAUUGAAAGUUCAAGAAAAAUAUGAUGAUUUUGGUGUGGAACAAACUUCUCCAUUGAGUGAUGAAUUAGGCCUGGUCUUGGAUGAAGAAGCAAAUAAUGGAAAACAAUUAUCUGAUGGGAGUAAGACUGACAGAGUAAUGGAUGAUGUUGAUGAAAUAAACAACUCUGAAAUCUCAAUGGACAGUUCAACUAUUACCAGUGAGCAAAUAAGGGUGGCAGAUGAAGCUGAAAAUAUACUUUUCGGAACAUCUAUUACGACAGAACAUUAUGUCCUUGAUGUCCAUGACGCCUGCUCUACCAAAAAUAAUGAUGAUCAAGAAGAAGUUACAAGCACUGAAAACUACAAUGGAGGAAUAUUCCUGAGCAACGCAGAUGAAUGCACUCCUGAUAAGACGACUUUCGAAGACUAUAAUGUCAUCACCAUGCCUCCUGAUUAUGGAAUAGAUGAGUCCAGUGUUCAUUUCACACCUCUAACACAAGAAAGAGUGAUUGAGAGAAGACUAAGACAUGAGACGGUGAUUAGUAAGGAACAGUUCGGCUUUAUGCCUGGAAGAGGAACCACAGAUGCGAUAUUUGCGCUUAGGCAGCUGGUGGAGAAGGCAAGAGAGACACGAUUUGAGCUGCACUUGGCUUUUGUGGACUUGGAGAGGGCCUAUGAUAGGGAAUCCAGGCAGGAGCUGUGGCGAAGUAUGAGGGGAAGGUUUGUGCCGGAAAAGUAUAUUCUUCUGGUAGGGGAUAUGAACAGAGGAGCCAUCACACAAGUGAGGACCAGUGUGGGAAGAACUCAUGAGUUCCAAGUGCGAUUCAGUCUGCACCAAGGUUCCGCACUCAGUCCAUACUUGUUUGAGCUAAUUAUUGAUGUCAUAGGAUCUGAGACUAAGAGGCCAGCGCCAUGGUGCAUGCUGUUUGCGGAGGACAUUGUGCUCUGUUAA